AUGUCGGUCCCUCAACUAACCCGCGACCUCGAGGCCCCUCUGCAAGUCCCCGUAGACGAUGCUGACAGACUUGCAGAGUGGCCAGAGCUGGUUGGUUUGGAGGAUUUACUACUAGACAACGGCCAGCUACCAUCGCACCUUGCUGAUCGCCCAUACCCGCAAGAGCUCCACGUAUUCCCCGACGAUGUCUCUGCGGAGCUACUACAUAUCAUCAACCAGCCCUUGGAGGCGGAUCAGCCUACGAAACCUCCGGUUCUAUCUGAGGGGAACGGGGACAGGCAGUCACAGCUGUCCUCGCAUUCCCUGAGUGCACCCGCAGCAGACGGCCGUUCUUCGACGCCAGUGCGGCCACACACUGCUGUGGCAAAGGAUCCUCCGCGGGAUAUCCUCUCUGAACGUUGUCUAUCGCCUGAAUCUGCCUCCUCGAAGUCCGCGUUUGGUCGUACGGCUGCUAAACCCUCGAAGGAGCCAAAGAACCUCAAGUCUCGACUAUUGGAGCGCAAUAGCUUCCGUGAGUGCGCAAGCUGCUUUGUUGAACUACUGGACAAGAACCUAGUCCCGCUAGGGUGCAUGCACAAAUACUGCCUAGGAUGUUUCUCCGACAUGAUAGUAACGGCCAUGAAGAAUGAGAGCAAAUUCCCUCCCAAAUGCUGCCUCGAAGAUAUCCCGACGAAAUUGAUCCUGCACAACGUUGACUCUAUACUUCGAGAGGAAUACAAAUGGAAGAUACAAGAGUACUCCAUACCGCGAGCAAGCCGGUGCUGCUUCUGUGGUGCUAGAGGUGGAACAUGUGGCUGCGCACACUCUAAUCAACAGGGAACACAGCGCAAAGCGGAUGCUGAGAUAAUAAGCCGGGAUAGGGCCCAGCUUGCUGCUAUAAUUGCAGAGGACGAGCGUACCGAACGGCGAGAAGUUGAAGAACGAUUACGAAAGGAAGACAUCCAGAAACUUCAGGAAGAGGAAGGACAAAGACGACAAGAUGAAGGGCGGCGCCGAGUGCAGCACGACAAAGAAAUAAAGCGCCUUAUAUCUAUAUCCCACCAAAUUCAGAGAUUACAAGGAGAGCUGGCUAAGAUCAACAAGAUCCAGCAGUCCAUGAUAAUCACCAGACACCAGAAUAGCGCGGAGCGGAUUCAAGUUACCGCUGUGUCGAAACAGGUAGACUUUGACCAAAUGCGAAUAAAACUUGAAAAGGCCUAUGAAUCGAACUUCAAGCUUCGCAAAGGCGCUUUGGAGGUUGCACAAUCAACCAAAACACUUGAGCUCCUCACCCGCCAGGAAGAGGACGAAGAUGAUAACUUCGUCCAAAUGCAACGACAUUUGAAGGGCAAACCAAACAGGGAAGAACGCGAACGGGCGAUUCUCGAUAGACUAAAUGCUUCACACAAGAAGGAGCAAGAAGCGUUAGAAAAAGCCCACAAAGACCAGUUGAGUGAACUGGAGUACCACGGCAGCUUGGAAUGUUCCGCCCUUCAAAGCGGCAUCAUGAAGAAAUUAGGGGACCUUCAGCGAGAAACAAAUUAUACUCUUUACGAACUGAGUUCUACUGUCAUUUCGGACCGCCGCUGGUUCAAAAUCGCGAUAGAGAAACGAUACGGUCUUCUCGAAGAGCAUAGGAUGUUUCUGAUUAAUGGCCCUGACGCCGUCAAAGUCAGUUACGAGUGGUAG